GGCGGCCAUUUUGAUCGUGUCUCUGGUGCGCGGUGUUGGGCGUAGAGCAGCUCUUGUCUAUUAUUUUGUUGAAAUUUUUGGUUCAUCCAUAGAUUUCUGUGCUAUAGCUAUGGCCAAGGUUUUCCUGGAGGUUUGAUCAUGUACACAACCUUUUGAAAUGGAUAUGUGGGCCGGAUUAUGCCGAUGCUGUCUAACUUCAAAUUGUGAUAUAAUUAUAACUGGCGGCGAAGAUAAUAUAAAGCAGAAAUUUCUAGACAUCACAUCUAUUGAGGUUAAACCCGAGGACAAUUUACCACAAAACAUUUGUGCAUCCUGUUAUGAAUUAUUGAAUUUGGCGCACAAUUUUCGUGUAGAUGCCAUCAAGAUGAAUAAUGAAUUAAGACUUCAACUUGAAAAGUUGCUUCAAAAUGCAGAGGAUGGUGUUAAUAUUAGAACAAGUAUUGAAGAAGAUGAUGACAUAGACUUUGCUAAUGAUCCAAUAAAACAGCUUGAAGCUAUAAUUAAAACUGAACCAAAUGACAGUGAUGAUGAAUACUACUAUGUACUAGUGGUUGAUCCAAAAGAAUCAGAAGGAGAAAAAUUAAAAACUGAGACACAAGAGAAAGAACUCCCAAUAGAAGCAUACAAAAUUAAACAAGAACAUAUUGAUCCUGAGGAACUAAUACAGGAUGAACCUGAACCCGAACCUGAAAAUAAUAGUUUUGAGGCUUCCAUAGAGUCCUUUAUCAUAUCUAACAAAGUUCCUGUCAAUGUGCCAGCAACCAUCUUAGAAAAUGAAGAAGAAAGUCAGGAUACUGAUAAUGAUCACUUCAAUAAUGUCAUGGACAUUGACCAGCAUACAGAGACAAACUCACAAGAACCAGCCUUUGCUAAUAUUAUUGAAGAUUCACAAGAUAAAAGUAAUGAUAGCCAAAUUGAAACUAUUGAUGCAUCCAGUCUUAUCCAAGGUUUACCCAAUUCACAAAACAACUUUGUUAAAAUACUGACCUCAACCAGGGCAGAUGGUACUAUAGUAUUGAAAUCCGGUGACAAUAUCACAUACUUGACAGACUCUCAAUAUGUCACCAAUGGGGAUGAAGAUGAUGAUGAUCUGUCCCAAGGGGAAGUUAUACUUUGUGAAGGAGAUGACUCAUCACAAUUCCAAAUACUAAAAUGUGAUGGAAAUGAACUAGUUAUUGAAUAUGACGAUGAUGGCCAAAUAGCAACUGUGAUGCAGCAAGAAGAUGGCUCAUUUUUAUGUGAUUGUGGUGAGUCCUUUGAAGAUCUUGGUGAUUAUGAGAAACACCAAGCUACUCACAAUCAAUUAGACGAGCACUUAUGUACACUGUGCGGCAAAAAUUUUGAAUCAGCUGAGAUUCUAGCUGGCCACGUAGCCCUUCACAAUGUUCAAGGACCGCAUGUGCCAUGUCCAUUCUGCAGCCAACUCAUCAGGAGACACAUGCUAACCCAACACAUCAAGUACAGUCACACUAGAGUCAAACCAAGAUGCAAUGAGUGUUUGAAAACAUUUGCUAACCCUAACAAUUUAAAACGUCACAUGAUGAUACACAACGGAGUGAGAGAGUUCGAAUGUGACAUCUGCUUCAAGAGAUUCCAUCAGAAAAUCACAAUGCAAACUCACAGACUCACCCAUGUGAAUCCCCUUGCUUGUCACCAGUGUGACCAGGUGUUCACCGCGCCUGCAGACCUAGAAGACCACAGAGAGUCCAAUCAAUGCAACAAAUCCAAGAUAGUCAAAGUAAAGGAGGAACUAAUGAAGACGGUCAAACAGGAGGUCACAACGAAUGCAGGUAAACUUGUAGGCUAUGCCUGCUCGUUAUGCCAAAAGAUGUUCUCCGUAGAAUCGGCUUUAGAACAGCACGUUGAGAACUUGCACAUGGUGAAUCCUAUGGAGCUGCUGUGUUCGCAGUGCGGCGAAGUGCUCCCGUCGCGCAGGGAAAUGGCGACCCAUCAACUAACACACAAGAUUCUGAAGUCAAAGAGUGCAAAGCGAUACGAGUGUAGCAGCUGCGGGAAAGGCUGCACGAGCCAGGCUAUGCUUAUAAUGCACGAAAGAGUUCACACAAAUGAGCGUCCAUUCUCCUGCCACCUGUGCACGCUACGGUUCAAAACAAAAACGCAUCUGCGGACCCACCAACUGACGCACACAAGGGAAAAGAAGUUUGGCUGUUCAGUUUGUAUGAAGUUCUUUGCGUUGAAAGGUAACCUGGUGGUGCAUCUGAGGACACACACCGGGGAGCGUCCCUACAUUUGCUCUCUGUGCGGAGACGCUUUCAUUGAUUCCAAAUACUUGAAAAAGCAUAAACUAAAGAAACAUUCCAUUGAGAAUGUUCCUUGGAACCAAUAUUGAACUGAGUAUGUUUAGGAUAGCAAUUUGGUUUCUUUUCUCUAAACGGAUUUCUUUUCAGUUUUUACAUUGUGGUUCUGUACAUAUCGAACUAUUUUGUCUAUUUUUUUACAACAUUACUUUGUCAAUAUAAAACGUUAUAGACAAAAAAGUUGCAUGAUAGGUACCAGCUGGAUACCUUUUUGUGGUACCUAAUACAAUUAAUUUAUGUUUAAAAAUGUUUUCCUUACUUGUAAUGUUCUGACUGAUUAUGAAUCAAGCUCUUUUUUGUGUAUUCAAAUAACGGCCAAUUUAUUUUUUAUUUCAUUAAAUGAAGCAUUAUGUUUUGAUUAAGAGCUGUGCACUAUACUAGAGGAAAAGUUAUAAAUAAGACUAAUUUAAUUUAGGACUGUAUUAAAUUUUAAAGUGUUUUAGAAAAUAGUAUAAUAAAACAUAAUUUAUAAACUUG